CAAGUUUCAUAAGACGAAGUGAAGUCUUCACCGUCAUACGGCGGCCGAUUUCUUAAAGGGGCAACUGGGCGUGAGAUUGGCUUUGUGCAACCACAGAGCUAUUGUCCAAUCAUUUUAACGCUACUAAUAGGACCCCACUUAUUCUAUCCAUACAGCCCAGUUACGCUAAUCAGACAGUCUGAUAUUCCAUCUCACCAAGGCCCAUACCUGACUGUCGUAAUUCCACGAAACGAUGUAAUGCCCCCCGCUCCCAUAUUGCAGAGCAGUGCCGCCGCUGUAGGCGGCCCUAGCAGCGACAAACCCGCCAACACCACCACCAACAACAACGAGUACGAAGAAGCGCUAGACAAGCUACAGCCGCUGCAGCCCGUCCUCCGGGGCUUCAACCACCGCAACCGGAACCAGCACCGGCGCGCCGCGUGGUGGGCCCCCUUCGGCAUGCUGCGGCGGCACGUCGACAAGCUAGUCGACGAGCUCUUCGACGGUGCUGCUGCCACCGCCGCCAAGUCGAAGAAGAACAAGAAGCGCAAGCGCGGCGAGGACAGCAGCGAAGACCGCGCGGAGAGGAAGGCGCGCGGUCACGUGAAGUGGUUGCGAGACGUAUUGGUUCCGAAAUGCUAUCUCGCCUUCUCGCACCUGACGGCAGACAACCAGUUCGCGACGCUAGGCAUCGUGCUGCUCAGCGCGCUGGCGCAGGUGAACGCGACCUGCAUCCAGCUGAUAGGAGAGGCGGUGGCGACGACCGCAGAAGGAGACAGUAGCAAUUUGCCAACGUGCGAGCUUGUUGACGCCACCGGAGCCGGCAAAGAGUCUAGCAGCUCAAUUAAUAAAGAGCUGCCCCCGGAGAUGCCUAGCCAAAAAGGGGGCGCCGUGAUCUCGCGAGAUGAGGUGGCAAGAGCCGAGAAGCUGCGGCGAAAGAAUACACAAUUCAAAGAGGGAGAUCAGGCCAGAUCUCCUAAUGUUCCUAGCAGUGCUAGAAAGAACGCGGACCACGAUAAUGAUGCUACACCUACGGAGAAACAACGCGGUAUAGUUUCCAAAGGCAAGACUAAGGAAAUAGGCAACGCAUCUAGUAAGGAGGCCUUGAAGCCACCCAAGAAAAAGAAGGCCAAAAAGGGCGGUGAUGAAUUCGACAAUCUCUUCAAGGGUCUAUUUUGAACUAAGAACCGGAUAGAGCUGCUGGUCUACUACUCAUAGCUACUGAAAUCGUGAUGGUUUAACAUCGUGGAAAAUAUACAUAUAUAUACAUAUCCAUUUUAAGGC